GGCCCUGGGAAUCGGGCGGGGACGGGAGUGGCCCUGGACUGCGCCUCCUGACUCAGCCGCACGCUCAGAUUUCGGGCUUUCCUUCCCGGGCGGGGAGCGCGUAACUUCCUCAUUCCCGCCUGGACCCCUUCUCCUGGCCAGCCGGGCCCGCCUUGAGCUCCGGUGGCUACGGUCCCCUUGCGACCCCCCGGGACCCCUUCCCCUGGCUUCUGCUCUGCCUCAGUUCGGGACCAUCCGGGCCUGGCUGGGUCUUCCUCGGCGCCCUAGUUAAGGGACGGGAGGCGGGGCUCAGGGAUCCUGAAUGAAGGAUUGCGGUAGGGGAUGGAGGAUGAUGGCGACCCCCGUGAGCCUGUUCCCCUCUGGGGACGACCUGGACUCCAGCCAGUUACAGAUGGAGCCCGAUGAAGUGGACACUCUGAGGGAGGGAGAGGACCCAGCUGACCGGAUGCACCCCUUUCUGGCCAUCUACCACCUCCAGCCUCUGAAAACGCACCCCUUGGUGUUUGCCGCUGGGGUCCCUGUCACAGCCCGGGUGGUGGGCACUGAAAGAUACACCAGUGGAUCCAAGGUAGGAACCUGCACUCUGUAUUCUGUCCAAUUGACUCAUGGCGACUUUACCUGGACAACCAAGAAGAAAUUCCGUCAUUUCCAGGAGCUGCAUCGAGACCUUCUGAGACACAAAGUCUUCAUGAGUCUGCUCCCUCUGGCUCGUUUUGCCAUUGCCCAUCCUCCAGCCCGAGAGGCAGCCAACAGAGAGAUGCCCUCUCUCCCCCGAGCAGGUCCUGAAGGCUCUGCCAGACAUGCAUCCAGCAAACAGAAAUACCUGGAGAAUUACCUCAACUGCCUCCUGACCAUGUCUUUCUACCGCAACUACCAUGCCAUGACGGAGUUCCUGGAAGUCAGUCAGCUGUCCUUUAUCCCGGACCUUGGAUGCAAAGGACUGGAGGGGGUGAUCCGGAAGCGCUCCGGUGGCCACCGUGUUCCUGGCCUCACCUGCUGUGGCCGGGACCAAGUUUGUUACCGCUGGUCCAAGAGGUGGCUGGUGGUGAAGGACUCCUUCCUGCUGUACAUGUGCCUCGAGACCGGCACCAUCUCAUUUGUUCAGCUCUUCGACCCUGGCUUCGAGGUGCAGGUGGGGAAAAGGAGCACAGAGGUACGGUACGGGGUCCGGAUCGACACCUCCCACAGGUCCCUGAUUCUCAAGUGCAGCAGCUACCGGCAGGCGCGGUGGUGGGCCCAGGAGAUCACUGAGCUGGCCCAGGGCCCGGGCAGAGACUUCCUACAGCUGCACCGGCAUGACAGCUAUGCUCCUCCUCGGCCUGGGACUUUGGCCCGGUGGUUUGUGAAUGGGGCAGGUUACUUUGCUGCUGUGGCAGAUGCCAUUCUUCGAGCUCGAGAGGAGAUUUUCAUCACAGACUGGUGGUUGAGUCCUGAGAUGUACCUGAAGCGUCCGGCCCAUUCAGAUGACUGGAGACUGGACAUUAUGCUCAAGAAGAAGGCGGAGGAGGGUGUCCGUGUGUCCGUACUGCUGUUUAAGGAAGUGGAGUUGGCCUUGGGCAUCAACAGUGGCUAUAGCAAGAGGGUUCUGAUGCUGCUGCACCCCAACGUAAAGGUGAUGCGCCACCCAGACCAGGUGACGCUGUGGGCCCAUCAUGAGAAGCUCCUGGUAGUGGACCAAGUAGUGGCCUUCUUGGGGGGGCUGGACCUUGCCUAUGGCCGCUGGGAUGACCUGCACUACCGACUGACUGACCUUGGGGCCUCCUCUGGAUCAGCUGCCCCACAGCCUCCCACCCCGUGCUCAGACUCUUCAGACACCCCAGACCUCUCUCACAACCAACUCUUCUGGCUGGGCAAGGACUACAGCAAUCUUAUCACUAAGGACUGGGUGCAACUGGACCGGCCUUUUGAGGAUUUCAUUGACAGGGAGACCACACCCCGCAUGCCAUGGCGGGACGUUGGGGUGGUCAUCCACGGCCCACCCGCCCGGGACCUUGCCCGACACUUCAUCCAGCGCUGGAACUUCACCAAGACUACCAAGGCCAAGUACAAGACACCCAUGUACCCCUACCUGCUGCCCAAGUCCACCAGCACUGCAAACCAGUUCCCCUUCAUGCUCCCGGGGAUGCAGUGCGCCACUGUGCAGGUCUUGCGGUCAGUGGACCGCUGGUCAGCGGGGACUUUGGAGAACUCCAUCCUCAAUGCCUACCUGCACACCAUCAGGGAGAGCCAGCACUUCCUCUACAUUGAGAAUCAGUUCUUCAUUAGCUGCUCAGAUGGGCGGACGGUUCUGAACAAAGUGGGCGAUGAGAUUGUGGACAGAAUCCUGAAGGCCCACAAACAGGGGCAGUGCUUCCGGGUCUACGUGCUUUUGCCCCUGCUCCCCGGGUUUGAGGGUGACAUCUCCACAGGUGGUGGUAACUCCAUCCAGGCCAUUCUGCACUUCACUUACAGGACUCUGUGUCGUGGGGAAUAUUCAAUCCUACAUCGCCUCAAAGCAGCCAUGGGGACAGCAUGGCGGGACUAUAUAUCCAUCUGUGGGCUUCGUACACACGGAGAGCUGUGCGGGCACCCAGUCUCAGAGCUCAUCUAUAUCCACAGCAAGAUGCUCAUUGCGGAUGACCGGACAGUCAUCAUUGGUUCCGCAAACAUCAAUGACCGGAGCUUGCUAGGGAAGCGGGACAGUGAGCUGGCCGUGCUGAUCGAGGACACAGAGAUGGAGCCAUCCCUCAUGGACGGCGUGGAGUAUCAGGCGGGCAGGUUUGCCCUGAGUUUGCGGAAGCAUUGCUUCAGUGUGAUUCUUGGGGCAGCUGCCCGGCCAGACCUGGAUCUCCGAGACCCUAUCUGUGAUGUCUUCUUCCAGUUGUGGCAAGACACAGCGGAGAGCAAUGCCAAUAUCUAUGAGCAGAUCUUCCGCUGCCUGCCGUCCAACGCCACACGUUCCCUGCGGGCACUCCGGGAGUAUGUGGCCGUGGAGCCUCUAGCCACAGUCUGCCCUCCUUUGGCCCUGUCUGAGCUCACCCAGGUCCAGGGACACCUGGUCCACUUCCCUCUCAAGUUCCUGGAGGAUGAGUCUUUGCUGCCCCCUCUGGGUAGCAAGGAGGGUGUGAUGCCCCUAGAAGUGUGGACGUAGCUGUGGCUCCACCCAGGAGAGAUCACCAGACACUGGGCUCCACUGGAUUUGGCUCCCUGCCUCCUAACUCUGAGGACUGAGGGCAGUGCCCUUUGAGACCUGUGGGAGCAAGCAUCCCUGGAGGGGAUGAGAGAAGUCACAGAGGAUCCUGUCUUGAGAAGCAGCCAGAGAAGACACUCCCAACCCUGGGCCGGGGAGGCGGGAGAGGGCCUCAGAGAAGUUCAUCCUCCCCGCCGCCCAGUUCAAACCACUGCCUCCGGGGAGAAGCGUAACUCCUGCCAGGACGCCUGGGACAAGCCUCUUACUCCAGGAGGAGCAGGCUCUGCCCUGGGUCUUUCCAUCUCUCCCUUCUUCCUGCUGCCCUGGAACCCCCUCCCUGCCCCAGGGUCUCUCCCAGCCCAUUGCUGCCAAGGUGGAGGGAAGGAUGAAGCCACUCCUGGCUUCAGCCCCCACCGUGGGGAGGGGUUGUUGUGGGGGGUACACACUAACUCCCUCCACCAGCCUGCUGACAGACACUAACUUUGUAUCAGUUCAAUAAGCAUUUCGUAAAUAAAAGCAUAGAAAAGGUC